AUCGCACUCGUCGGGCGAAUACAGAUAUUGUUGAUUUUCUUCUGCUAGCCCUCUUAUCAUGCCUUGCAGCUCGAAUAUCCUCUUUUGAGACAUGAGGGAAUUCCGUUCUGCAGCGUCUGCCAGAGAUUUAACAUCGUCGAACUUCACAAUCUCGCCAGUUUCCAUCUGAUUAACUUUUUCUUCGAACUGCGCGAUCCAUUUCCGCAGCUUAUCGCUCGGUCCAGCUGUUUCUCCAGACGGGUUUUCGGCCGCCCUCAUAGCCUCAUAUUUUAUUCGCUGGGAAAACUUCUUCAUUUCGGUGUGGAAGUCCUCCAACGUCGUCCUCAUUGCGUGAAGCUUGUUGAUUGCGUCCCGUUGCUUCGGAGUCUGUCUAUUCUUCAGCUCGUAUGCGUAGUAAGCUGGCAGUGAUCGAUCUCUGGUGGGGGAGGGCGGAUGCAGGAUUUCCAUUCGCAGCGGGGAGACUGAAUCCUCUACCGGGGAAGGAGUUCUUGUUUCCUCUCGGAAGCGCCUACCAUAUGUCUUAAUGGCUUGCGGUGGGUUGGUUUUCUCUGGUGCUUCGCCACGAAUCCUUCCGGAGCGUCUACUUUUCAUCUCUGUCUCUUGGAAUUCAUCGCCUCCGAUGACAUUGACAUCUGGCAACGCCCUCCUCAUCUCCGACAUAUCCCUGAGAUUUUUGCCAACAUCCGGAGGAUAGAUCUUUUCUUCCUGCUCAUCAUACGCACGGUUUCUUUGCCCAGCUAUUGUCCGCUGUCGCGCAUAUAUUAUCGACGUAUGUGACCUGUGAGAUCUAUGUUUGCUGGUAGAGUCUAGAUGACGCUCCGAUUUCUUUGGUCUGGAUCUUCGUACUGCGACGGCUUUCUGGGUAGUUCGCGACUUUACUUUGCGGUAUUUUGGUUCGGACUCUUGUGUAGGUUCCUCACCUGGGCUGGAUACCUUUUUUGUUUUGGAUGACGAAGAUGUCCGAUUGCCAGCUACGUAAACUUCGGGAAUUUUACUGUUUUUGGUCCGCCCACCAGUAAAGACGUCGAUAGUUGAGGAUUUCAUGUCAGAAUUCGGCCAGGCUGAAGGUCUUCGGGU